AUGGCCGACCAAGAGACCUUCCCACCUCCCCAGCGAGCAGCAACUUACACGCUGCCACUGCGACCUCGAAUGGACGGCAGCGACGCGAGAGAAUUCAGCUUGGGGCCAAUGGCCGGCACCCCAGACGCACAACACGACCCGGCCGCAGUGCCCCGGGGCUUAGCCUCGCCAGACAUAUCCGUGGAAUUCGCUGGCGAUCACCACCUCGACAGCAGCUCUGAUAAGCCAGAGCUGUUACAUCCUCGCUCUGCGCCCCCUCACGUGCAGCACUUCCAGAGCCCUCUGAGACACCACAAACGGACACCUUCGGUUCAUCGUGAGAUCAAAGAGACGCUCAACGCUCAUUCAGAGUACACAAGUGACGAUUCUGACGGCCGCUCUCACUUUCGCGUCAACCAGUAUGUCAUUAAGGAGGAGAUUGGGCGCGGGUCGUAUGGGGCCGUCCACCUUGCUACUGAUCAGUUUGGGAAAGAAUAUGCCGUGAAAGCCUUCUCCAAAGCCCGUCUCCGCAAACGCAUACAAUCCAACAUCCUCCGCCAUGGUCCGAGAUCACUCGGCCGCUUCCCCUCCCGGGCUCCCUUUGGCGCCCCUGAUCUCCCCAUUGCCCGGUUGACAGACCAGCGAGCAAAGGAAGCGCAGGACCCCCUCUUUCUUAUUCGUGAAGAGAUCGCUGUCAUGAAAAAGCUCAACCACCCCAACCUAGUCCAGCUCAUUGAGGUGCUCGACGACCCCGAAGAAGACACCCUGUACAUGGUGCUGGAGAUGUGCAAGAAGGGUGUUGUCAUGAAAGUUGGUUUGGGCGAGUCAGCCGCGCCGAUUGAUGAAGAGAAGUGUAGGCAUUGGUUCAGGGACUUGAUCCUGGGUGUUGAAUACUUCCACAGGGAUAUCAAACCCGACAACUUGCUCCUCAACGAAGACGACGUUCUCAAAAUUGUCGACUUUGGCGUCUCGGAGAUGUUUGAGCAGUCCACCGACAUGAAGACAGCCAAGAGCGCCGGGUCACCGGCUUUCUUACCUCCUGAGCUCUGUGUUGCCAAACAUGGUGAUGUGUCCGGCAAGGCAGCUGAUAUCUGGUCUAUGGGCGUAUCACUGUACUGUCUCCGCUACGGCAAGAUCCCGUUUGAAAAGUUUGGAGUAUUAGAUAUGUACGAAGCUAUCCGGACAGAAGCCCCCUUCAUUCCCGAGGGCGAGAACCCUUUAUUUGUCGACCUGAUGGGGAGGUUAAUGGAGAAGGACCCAGAGAAAAGAAUCACAAUGGAGGAACUUCGGGUAUAUGAAAAUUGCACCGACCCCGUCGACCCCCCUAACCCGUUGGAAGUAAACCACGCUUUCACCCGGCGAAUGUCACAUCUCAUCUGUGUGAUGAAGGCGAUUCGCAAAUUCAAGUCGUUGCUCUCUACGAAUCCCAAGCCGCCAGGGUCACCAUACCAUCACUCCCCUCGCCCAUCUGACACGGCUGAUUUUGCCGCUUCUAUUUUACGUGAGAGGCAGCAGUUUCUUCAGUCUCCACCUCCACACCUCAUCCCACCCUCAACACCACCCCAACCUUUGCUGCUGGGUAUCGGCACUGGCGGAUUGGAUACGUUUAGCAGCAGUCAUGAUGAUGCGGGACUGGGAGGGGACCUGGGGAUCGUGGCGGACAGCCCGACGGCGGCGGAUUUCAACAUUUAUGAUAGGGCUUUUGAUAAGGAGGUGGAGAGGAUUAAGGGGAUGAAGAGUAGGGAUGGGGACGGAGGGACGACGAUUUAUCAUACGAGGUUUAAUGACCCCGAAGAGAAAAAGGAGGGGCUUUGGGGGUUGUUUAAUAAGACUGCUCAGCAGCAGAAGAGGAAGGAUGAGGGCAUUAGUGGGUUUGCGGAGUUGGUCAGGGUUGCUGUCGCUAGGGAGAAGGAGAAGGAGAAGGAAAGCAAGAAGGGGGCUGGUGGGGAGGAGGAGAAGCCAGCGGGAGAAGGGGACCAAGGCAAGACGGAGUGA